GAGAAGGUACAUGAUCACGAGGUCUAAGAGUGUUCAUGUUUUCCUACUAACAGCAUUCAAUUAUAGCUUGUUACACAAGGUACUCACAGAGAUCAAAGGAACAGAUUAUAAGGAGAUGAACUCCUAUGUGGUGGUUGCUGCUACAAAUUUCGAAAUUGACAAUGGUCUGGUCAUAAGAAAGAAAUUAGAUACAAUGAUGUAGUAAGCAGCAUAUGGAUCACUGGAUAAGAUGAAAGAACAGCUUCGUUCCUAAGCUGAUUCAUGGACUGAAACAUAAACCAGCUGCAUAUAGUAUGUAAAAGAAAUUGAUCACGCAUGAUCAUUGAUCUUGGAGUUGUAUAAAAGACAAUCCAAUACAAUCCAUAUAUUUGAAAUUCCUUGUGAUUAUAAUAAACCUAAAAGAGGUUAGUAGACAUAGAAUAAAUCUAUGUGGGUGUCCGCCCAAAAGCGUCCAGCUCCGGCCCUUCAAACCAAAGAUGUCCGACUCUGUCCGUCUAAGGGCGUCCGGCUCUUCAGCAAAGAACGUCUGGCUCUUCUACUAGACGCGUCCGGCUUUUAAGACUAAAAGGCGUCUGACCCUUCUUCUUGAUCACGGGCUAGUAGAGACAAAAGAUCAACCGGAUACAAAUGUAUUGUAGUCCAUAAACUUGUGAGAGCCGAGAUCUAUGACCUAAUAAUAUAUAUUUCAGUGUGUGAUAUAAUCCACAACAAUAGAGGUUAUGAGACACCAUUAAGAGAUGGAUAAAGGACUGCAAUGUCCGAGAGAAAUACAUAUGGUAUUGCCUAAAGCAAGAAAGAUCGAUGACCAUAUGUAUGGAUCAUGAAUAUGUUCUGGCCAAUAAGCCAUUGUAUGGCAAAAUUAUAAAGCCAUUGAUAUACAUCUGAGUAUAGAAAAUACAGCGAGACAUAGGUUCAUGAUAACCAUGUUUAGUACAUUGUCCAUGAGUACUCGGUUUAUCCGACCAUAGUAAAGAGUUAAGAGUAGACGAUCACGUCUAGACUAUGGACAUAUGCAAACACGAUUUGCAAAGACCCAAUAGUGAUCUCCGAGGACAAUGUGAUUCACAUUGCUUAGCACAUAUGCUUUACCGGGACACUCGAUGUCAAAAGACAUGAGAAACGACCUAAGAGGUCGAAGUGGUCUAGUUACGGCUUAGUAAUGAAACUGGCCGAUUACUUCUCAUCCUAUACAUACAAGAAAUAUCAUGCACAAGAUGCGUAGAAUGUAGAACCUACACUGAGGUUCACAUCAGGGGAAGUAGUGCGUGUUGUACUCUUUUUCCUUCAUCAUGGUUUUGUCCCACUGGGUUUUCCUGAUAAGGUUUUAAUGAGGCAACAUGAAGCGUACUACAAAUCCUGUAUGGUUAUGGCAUCCAAGGGGGAGUGUUAUAAAUCAUGGAGUGGAUUGCCAUUAACCAGGCCCGGCCCAAGACCGGCCCAAUACCUAGAAGAUGGAGAGAUGGCCGAAGCCCUAGAGAGAGGAGAGAGAGACCCGACUUCAGGAGAGAGAAAGGUGGCCACAAAGCUUGGAGAAAAUGAAACCCUUUCUUUUUCAUAGUAGAUGUAAUCUUUCCAUUUUUAUGUAUUAGUAGUUUUCCUAAUCAUAGUGAAUUUAGGUUUUGGAUACUUUCCAUUUAUCUUCAUCUUGUAAUCCUUAUAUAAAAGAACCCCCUUGAUCAUUAAUAAUAACAGAGAAAUAUUCAGUUUCUAAACUCUCUAAUUACACCAUAUAUAUUAUUUUUUAGUUUUCUUUCUUUCGUAUACAUGUUUCUAACUGUAAGUUAGUUAACAAGGAAGCUGUUGCUCUUCUGAGUGCAAGUUUUAAAAGCAACUUUCAGUCAAAGCCCAAGACCGAAGGUAAAAAAAGGAAACUAAAAAGGUAAAAUGAAAAAGAAAGAGAUGGAUGGAUGCACCAAUAGUAGGAGAGGAUUGUCCUUUUAAGCUCAAAAGCUCUUUAACAUUCAUCAGUUUUUCACCUUACAUUCCCAAACCUAGAAACCUCAAAACUCUCUCAAAGGCUCAAAGCUUCUUCUAAAUUACUAAUGAUGAGGUCAAAGAGGUGUCGAGCUCCACAAGAGAAGAUCACUCUCAAGGUCACGAACCUAGAGGACGAAGGUAAAGAUGUCUACGAGAUUGGUGUUCAUGUACAUCUUGAGAGACUAAUGCUUGAUUACUGCCAAAGGAGAAACUUAGAUUACACCACUCUCAGUUUCAUCUUUAACGGUACCUUCAUCAGGCCACUACAGACUCCCGCUCAGCUGAUGAUGGAAAAUGACGACAUCAUCGACACGGUCAUGGAUCAAGGCAGCGCCGGUACUAACGAAGGCACCGCUUGAGAAGAAAUGAGUUUUUUUAGUCACUCGUUUUAACUAUCUAGAGUUUCAUAAUUAGAGAGUAUUUUAAUUAGAGUUUCAUAAUUAGAGUAUUUAAUUUGUUAUGUUGCAUUUAAUAGUUUGAACCAUGUCCACUUAUUUAUUUAAUCCGUAAAAUUGUUCUGGAUGUGAAAACAAAAAUCAUAAUUAUGCAGUUUCAUUAAAAAAAAUUCCUCAAUUUCUGACGAAACAAAAGAAAAGAUGGAUAAAAACACACUUAUUGUAUGCCCCACUAGAAAAGCCCAUUAUACACAAUAAAUGCAUGCCCACACAGCCACAUCACAAAGUAGAUCAGGGUAACCCGAAUCCGGUUAAGAUAGACCGUUCUAUUCAAACCGGAACGUAAAAACAUUCUUAGACCAACCGCAAUGGUGAGUCUGAAAUGGCUCGAUUUCCUAUGUUAUUUUUUUAUUUUUUUAUUAGUUUUUUUCUUUUUUUCUUCUAAUUAAAAAAAAUUAAAAAAAUAAAUAAACUAAUCGUGGGCCGCCACGUAUCGUGGGGUCCGCGACACAGUAACAAUCCUCCACUUAGAUCAAUCCUUAGGUUCGGACUUUUCGAUCUCGAUCCGGCACAGAAACCAACAAAUUAAUAUUUUAAUAUUUUUUUUUUAAGGAUUGCACCUACGGACUCGCGUUGCAUGUGCUCUUACGUUUUAAAUGUGAACCAUUUUAUUCUUCCCUCUCUUCUCUCUCUCUCCAAUCAAUUAGGAAGAAGAUGGUCUCCCACUCGUAAGGAAGGACACAAUCGAGAGAUGCGGCGAGAAAGAUGCUGAUUUGACGAGAAUUGUUUGGCUGAGAACGAAUUUCGGAGACCCAGUUUCGUAAAUUACCAAUUUUUCUAAAUCUAAGUAGUGGUUGAUGGGUGGUGGUGGAAAUCUCGUUGACGGUGUUCGUCGUUGGCUUUUUCAUCGUCCUUCUUCUUCUUCUUUCAAUGAUAAACACGAAACUAUUGUUCUAAAGUCUGAUACUUUUUCUAAUCCCGAUCAAUCUGGAGUUUCGAAUGAGCUUAUUCUCGUUACUGAAGAUCUCGAUUUCUCUGGGCUAAAGCUUAUUAAGGUUCCGAAACGUAAUCACUUACCCAUAGAUCCUCAAAAGAAGGGUGUGCAAGAGACUGAGUUCUUCACGGAGUACGGAGAAGCAAACAGGUACGAGGUUCAAGAAGUCGUUGGCAAAGGAAGCUACGGCGUUGUGGCUGUGGCUUCCGCUCUAGACACACACACUGGUGAAAGAGUCGCCAUCAAGAAGAUAAACGAUGUGUUUGACCAUGUCUCCGACGCAACCAUGCGGCUGCUUCGUCAUCCAGAUGUUGUGGAGAUUAAACACAUCAUGCUACCUCAUUCCCGCAGAGAGUUCCGUGAUAUCUACGUUGUCUUUGAGUUGAUGGAGUCUGAUCUCCAUCAAGUGAUUAAGGCUAACGAUGAUCUGACUCCUAAGCAUUAUCAGUUCUUCUUGUACCAGCUUCUCAGUGGUCUGAAGUAUGUUCACGCAGCUAAUGUGUUUCAUAGAGAUUUGAAACCAAAGAAUAUUCUAGCUAAUGCUGAUUGCAAACUGAAGAUCUGUGAUUUUGAACUCGCUCGUGUUUCUUUCAACGAUGCCCUGACCGCUAUAUUUUGGACUGAUUAUGUAGCUACUCGGUGGUAUUGUGCCCCUGAACUCUGUGGAUCGUUUUUCUCCAAAUAUACACCUGCGAUUGAUAUAUGGAGUGUUGGUUGCAUUUUUGCUGAAAUGCUAUUGGGAAAGCCUUUGUUUCCCGGCAAAAACGUGGUGCACCAAUUGGAUCUUAUGACUGACUUUCUCGGCACUCCACCGCCUGAGUCCAUUUCAAAAAUUAGAAAUGAAAAGGCGAGGAGAUACCUUAGCAGCAUGAGGGAAAAACAGCCGGUUCCUUUCUCUCAUAAGUUCCUUAAAGCUGAUCCUUUGGCUCUUCGCCUUCUUGAACGCCUUCUUGCAUUUGAUCCUAAAGAUCGUGCAUCAGCUGAAGAUGCAGUGUCUGAUCCAUACUUCAGUGGUUUGUCGAACUCAGAGCGUGAACCAUCAACGCAGCCAAUUUCAAAGCUUGAGUUUGAUUUUGAGAGAAAGAAGUUAAACAAAGAUGAUGUCAGAGAAUUAAUCUACCGAGAGAUAUUGGAGUAUCAUCCUCAGAUGUUGGAGGAAUACAAGCGCGGUGGUGAUCAGCUUAGCUUCUUGUACCCUAGUGGGGUUGAUAGGUUUAAGAGGCAAUUUGCUUAUCUUGAAGAAAAUCAAGGUAAACCAGGAGCAGGAGGAGGAAGAAGUACUGCACUUCAUAGACAUCAUGCUUCCUUGCCAAGGUAAUGUGUUUUCACAGAAUCCCUCUCGCUUUGCUCUCUCUUUCUCUGAGAGCAUUUUGCUUCUUUGUGGUUGUGUGUUUGCAGAGAGAGAGUUCCUGCUCCGAAUGGUGAAACUGCAGAAGGAAGUAGUGAUGUUGAGAGUAGAGCAGCAGCUGAUGUGGCUUCAACCUUGGAAUCUGAGGAAGCAGAGAAUGGAGGAGGUUACAGUGCUCGUAGCCUCAUGAAGAGUGCCAGCAUCAGCGGUUCUAAAUGCAUCAAUGUCCAAUCUAAAACCGACAAAAAGGACAUCAUAGCUGAGGAUGGAAAUGAUGAAACAGUUUCAGAGCUUACUGAUAGAGUUGCUUCUCUUCAUAAUUCUUAAAAUAAAUAUAUAGUUUUUUUGGCAAAAGUUUUCUGGUGAAAAAUUUGUUUCUCCAUGUUUGCUUCUCCCUCUUCCACAACCAUCUUCGUGGUUGGGGUUUGAUUUGUUGUAUUUAAAAGUUUGGGGGUAAGAAUGAGAACUUUGAAUAAGCACAUCGAUCUCCAUGUAAUUUUUUGUUUUGUCUUUUUUAUACAAACUGAUCUUUGACGUUCUUUUUAGUUUAACGGAUUUUACUUCA